AUGAUUGAACCAGAACUAUGGGGAAAAUCUUCAACAUUUCUAUCUACCGUUCAUUUAAAAAGCUUGACUGAAAUCAAAAACUCCAUAAAAUGGAAAAAUAACGAAUCCAUUUUUGAAUUUGGAAUGGGCGAUGGUAGUAACUCAAAAAGUGUACUGUUUCCCAUAUUGCCUAAUAAUUACAAAGAGUUUAUUGGUUCUGAUAUUAGCCGUCGAAUGGUUGAGUAUCUGAAAAGAAAUAUUACUGAUCCGAGAGCAACAUUUGUUAUCUUAGACAUGUCAGCUGAUACCAUCCCUGAAGAAUUUGUUAAUCGACAAGCUUUGAAAAAUAUGUACAAGAUGCUAAAACCUGAAGGGCAAAUGCUUCUAACCUACGCAGACGAAACAUCUGCCGACGAAGUAUAUUACGAGUUAUCCUUGCAUUCAAAAUGGAAAAAAUAUGAUCACACGAAGUUAAUUUCACCUUUCUUUAGAAGAAAAAAUGUAAUGGAAGAGUACAACAAGCUAUUUAAAGAAGUUGGAUUUAGAGAAAUCAGCAGUACAGUUGAGCAAUUGGCUUCGAAGUUGACGGAUGAAAAUAUGUUUUAUGAUUUUUGUAUUAGUAUCAAUCCCAUUCUAAGUAUGGUUUCCAACGAAGAAUAUGAAGAAUAUAAACAAGAAUAUGUUCACCGAAUGAAAAAUAACAAACUAAACAAAACAAAGAUGUGUCCUAAGACCGGAGAAAUUUCCUGUUAUACUAGUGCAGUGAUUACCAGUGUUUUAUUGGAAAAGAUCUAA